AUGUGCAUGAACGAUACCAAUAAUAUGACUCAGAUUAAGUUAAACAGCAUAGAAGAUGCCUUGGAGGAUAUUAAACAAGGCAAAGUGAUUAUUGUGGUGGAUGAUGAAGAUCGUGAAAAUGAAGGCGAUUUGGUGGCCGCCACCCAAAUGGUGACCACCGAAAUGGUUAAUUUUAUGGCGGUUCAUGCCAGAGGAUUGAUUUGCGCACCAUUGCCUGAAGAACGUUGCGACGAAUUGGAUUUGCAUAUGAUGGUGGGUAAAAACACCGAUCCAAAAGGCACGGCAUUUACCGUUUCCAUUGAUUUAUUGGGUCAUGGUGUUACCACGGGCAUAUCCGCAUCCGAUAGGGCCAAAACCCUAUUAUCCUUGGUGGAUUCUAAAACCCUUCCAUCGGAUUUAAGCCGACCUGGCCAUAUAUUUCCGUUGAGGGCCAAAAAAGGAGGGGUUUUAAGACGUCCUGGACAUACCGAGGCAGCGGUGGAUAUUGCCAAAUUGGCAGGUUUAAAACCCGCGGGCGUCAUCGUAGAAAUUAUGAAUGAAGAUGGUACCAUGGCCCGAUUGCCCGAAUUAAUGACCAUGGCCAAAAAAUUUGAUUUAAAAAUCAUUUCAAUAGCCGACUUAAUUCAAUAUCGAUUGCACAACGAUCGAUUGAUUGAACGUCUGGAUGAA